CUCCAGAGCCCGAGUCGGAGUGUAUCACAGAACCUGGGCCGGGGGGGACAGCGGGCCGAGCCUCCUCCUUCCAGCUGAUCCCUGGCCGGGCUGGACCUGCGCUCUCCAGCGCGCCCCCGGGCCCUGGCCCGGGUGGACUCUAGAAGCAUGCCCAUCACCCACCGGUGAUGGGAGCCGAGUCUGGGACGGACAGGCCACUCCUUACCCUCCCCGCGGAAUCUCAACUCACCCGCCACCCCCGCUCCAAACGGACCCAGAACUUCAGCCCCGCACCGACGGACUCAGGACAGGCCUCCUCUCCGGUCGGCGCCGGGACGAACUUUUCCUCCCGGGUCCUGGGACCGGGUGCCCCAAGACCAGCCCUCCUCCUGCUUCCUGCCUGCUCUCCGGCCUGUGGCUUUGGUGUGCACUGGUGUCUGUAGGCUGUCCUGGGGCCAGCAGCAAACACAAGCAAAGCCCACUUUUGUCUGUUGACUUCUGAAACAAGGUCUCAAGGCUGGGCUCAGUGGCUCACACCUGUAAUCCCAGCACUUUGGGAGGCUGAGGUGGGCAGAAGGCUUGAGCCCAGGAGUUCCAGACCAGCCUGGGCAACAUGAAGGAGUUUCACUCUUGUUGCCCAGGCUGGAGUGCAAUGGCGUGAUGUCGGCUCACUGCAAUCUCCACCUCCCAGGUUCAAGCGAUUCUCCUGUCUCAGUCUCCUGAGUAGCUGGGAUUACAGAGCAUGGCCCUAAGAGGACUUUCCAGUUUAAGGCUGGCAGCACAUGAGAAGCAUGCACGUGCAGCAGCAGACUCGGCAGGAGAGCCUCCCCAGCUCGAGGAAGCCAAGUUGGGUUCAAAAAGAAUGCAGCCUUCAUGUUUCUCUGCCCUCUGCUCCCUUCAGGUUUCUCUGGAAACCCCCCUGGUAAGUGUGGAGGAGGCGGGACACUCUGACCCAAGACGAAAGGCCUGUAGCUCCAGCCAAAGAAAAUAAACCUUAGGAAGGAGAAGGAAAAAAAAAAUCCAUCAGCUGUUCCUGAGAACAGCCUGCAUUGGAACCUACAGAGAGGACAACUAAUGUGAGUGAGGAAGUGACUGUAUGUGGACUGUGGAGACAGUAAGUCACGUGGGCCCUUGAGGGCCUGGACUGGGUUAGGAACAGUUGUACUUUCAGAGGUGAGGUGUCAAGAAGGGAAAGUGAAUGUGGUCUGGAGUGUGUCCUUGGCCUUGGCUCCACAGGGUGUGCUUUCCUCUGGGGCCAUCAGGGAGCUCAGCCCUUGUGUUCUGCCAGGGUGGGGUACGGGGUUUGACACUGAGGAGGGUAACCUGCUGGCUGGAGCGGCAGAGCAGUGGCCUUGAUUUGUCUUUUGGAAGAUUUUAAAAACCAAAAAGCAUAAACAUUCUGGUCCUUCAGCAAUGCUUUCUCUGAAGAAAUACUUAACGGAAGGACUUCUCCAGUUCACCAUUCUGCUGAGUUUGAUUGGGGUACGGGUGGACGUGGAUACUUACCUGACCUCACAGCUUCCCCCACUCCGGGAGAUCAUCCUGGGGCCCAGUUCUGCCUAUACUCAGACCCAGUUCCACAACCUGAGGAAUACCUUGGAUGGCUAUGGUAUCCACCCCAAGAGCAUAGACCUGGACAAUUACUUCACUGCCCGGCGGCUCCUCAGUCAGGUGAGGGCCCUGGACAGGUUCCAGGUGCCAACCACUGAGGUAAAUGCCUGGCUGGUUCACCGAGACCCAGAGGGGUCUGUCUCUGGCAGUCAGCCCAACUCAGGCCUUGCCCUCGAGAGUUCCAGUGGCCUCCAAGAUGUGACAGGCCCAGACAACGGGGUGCGAGAAAGCGAAACGGAGCAGGGAUUCGGUGAAGAUUUGGAGGAUUUGGGGGCUGUAGCCCCUCCAGUCAGUGGAGACUUAACCAAAGAGGACAUAGAUCUGAUUGACAUCCUUUGGCGACAGGAUAUUGAUCUGGGGGCUGGGCGUGAGGUUUUUGACUAUAGUCAUCGCCAGAAGGAGCAGGAUGUGGAGAAGGAGCUGCGAGAUGGAGGCGAGCAGGACACCUGGGCAGGCGAGGGCGCGGAAGCUCUGGCACGGAACCUGCUAGUGGAUGGAGAGACUGGGGAGAGCUUCCCUGCACAGUUUCCAGCAGACAUUUCCAGCAUAACAGAAGCAGUGCCUAGUGAGAGUGAGCCCCCAGCUCUUCAAAACAACCUCUUGUCUCCUCUUCUGACCGGGACAGAGUCACCAUUUGAUUUGGAACAGCAGUGGCAAGAUCUCAUGUCCAUCAUGGAAAUGCAGGCCAUGGAAGUGAACACAUCAGCAAGUGAAAUCCUGUACAGUGCCCCUCCUGGAGACCCACUGAGCACCAACUACAGCCUUGCCCCCAACACUCCCAUCAAUCAGAAUGUCAGCCUGCAUCAGGCAUCCCUGGGGGGCUGCAGCCAGGACUUCUUACUCUUCAGCCCCGAGGUGGAAAGCCUGCCUGUGGCCAGUAGCUCCACGCUGCUCCCGUUGGCCCCCAGCAAUUCUACCAGCCUCAACUCCACCUUCGGCUCCACCAACCUGACAGGGCUCUUCUUUCCACCCCAGCUCAAUGGCACAGCCAAUGACACAGCAGGCCCAGAGCUGCCUGACCCUUUGGGGGGUCUGUUAGAUGAAGCUAUGUUGGAUGAAAUCAGCCUUAUGGACCUGGCCAUUGAAGAAGGCUUUAACCCUGUGCAGGCCUCCCAGCUGGAGGAGGAAUUUGACUCUGACUCAGGCCUUUCCUUAGACUCGAGCCAUAGCCCUUCUUCCCUAAGCAGCUCUGAAGGCAGUUCUUCCUCUUCUUCCUCCUCCUCUUCCUCUUCUUCCUCUGCCUCUUCCUCCUUUUCUGAGGAAGGUGCGGUCGGCUACAGCUCUGACUCUGAGACCCUGGAUCUGGAAGAGGCCGAGGGUGCUGUGGGCUACCAGCCAGAGUAUUCCAAGUUCUGCCGCAUGAGCUACCAGGAUCCAGCUCAGCUCUCAUGCCUGCCCUACCUGGAGCACGUGGGCCACAACCACACAUACAACAUGGCACCCAGUGCCCUGGACUCAGCCGACCUGCCACCACCCAGUGCCCUCAAGAAAGGCAGCAAGGAGAAGCAGGCUGACUUCCUGGACAAGCAGAUGAGCCGGGAUGAGCACCGAGCCCGAGCCAUGAAGAUCCCUUUCACCAAUGACAAAAUCAUCAACCUGCCUGUGGAGGAGUUCAAUGAGCUGCUGUCCAAAUACCAGCUGAGUGAAGCCCAGCUGAGCCUCAUCCGAGACAUCCGGCGCCGGGGCAAGAACAAGAUGGCGGCGCAGAACUGCCGCAAGCGCAAGCUGGACACCAUCCUGAAUCUGGAGCGUGACGUGGAGGACCUGCAGCGUGACAAAGCCCGGCUGCUGCGGGAGAAAGUGGAGUUCCUGCGCUCCCUGCGACAGAUGAAGCAGAAGGUCCAGAGCCUGUACCAGGAGGUGUUUGGGCGGCUGAGAGAUGAGAAUGGACGACCCUACUCGCCCAGUCAGUAUGCGCUCCAGUACGCCGGGGACGGCAGUGUCCUCCUCAUCCCCCGCACGAUGGCCGACCAGCAGGCCCGGCGGCAGGAGAGGAAGCCAAAGGACCGGAGAAAGUGAGCCUGGGGAGGAAGGGGGUUUGAAGCCCACCAAGACCGAAACUGGAGAAGGGCUGGACCUGGACCUGGACCUGGACCUACAGCGGGGACUUAAAUGCCUUCUUAUCCAAUAUAUCUUCUCAGAUGGGAUGACUGCGGGUCAGUGUACAGGAAGAGGCAGGCACUGGCUGGCUCAGCUCCACUCGGGUGGAGUGGAAGUGGCCAGACCAUUUAGACGGACAGGGUCCUCACCCUACCCCUUUCCUGUGAGGCAGGGGUGGUGGUGGAGUUGCUGGAGGUAGAGGAGCUGUGUGGAGCAAAGGCCGACAGAGGGGAAGGAAUGGACCUGUGAGAGGAAGGGAAGGUGGCAGAAAGUCUCAUUUCAGGAAGGAGGGAAAGAAAGAAGGAAGGAAGGAAACCCCUCCCCCCCAAAAAAAAUCAAAGCGGGAAGAAAAUCAGAGGGAAGGUUAAGGUUGGCUCUGGCCAGGAUUCCAGGCAGCAGGUUGGAGUGACUGGUGGGCCUAGAUCACUGGUGUGAUAAACCCCAUUUCACCCCAGGGGGUGGGGUACACAGACACAGGGUGGGGGUGGGGAGGGGCGGUGUUAACUCUUUCUGCUCCUUGCAUUUUGGCAUCCCUGAAGGGGAGCUCUUGGAUAUCAUCAGCCAUAAUGUUUCAAUCGAAUGGAGCCACUGGGCCCCAACACUGGCUUUGAGAUUUAGAGUCAAAGGGUAGAGUGAACAGGAAAGGGUCACGUGGUCCCAUGUUGCAACAGCCCCAACAUCACGCAUGUCAUUCACUGCCUUGCCACUCCAUCUCCCUCCGUGCUCCAGCCACCCCUGAGCUGAGGCUCCCAUUGUCUCCAUCAGAGCCUGCAUGUGAAUGCCGUCCUCCCCUGGUCCGGUGUUUGUGUUCCCCACCCCUCACAGACUGCCUGAGCUCUUCUGUAAGCUGGGGUAGGGUGAUGGCAGUGCUCCGGGAACUGGGCCUGCAGCCUUCCUCUUCUGGGACUGCUGUGAGGCAGAGGAAUGAUGGAGGAUCUAGUGUAGCAGCCUCCAGGCAGGAUUCAGCACAACACUGGGGAGUCACCCUUCCCUCGGGCCUCUGCCUUACCAACAACUGGGCUUAUCACUGGGAAAACACAAAAAAUUACACAACCCAGCAACAACAAAAAAACUAGUCCUCUUAGAAUUUCUUGCGCUUUGAUUUUUUUAGGGCUUGUGCCCUGUUUCACUUAUAGGGUCUAGAAUGCUUGUGUUGAGUAAAAAGGAGAUGCCCAAUAUUCAAAGCUGCUAAAUGUUCUCUUUGCCAUAAAGACUCCGUGUAACUGUGUGAACAUUUGGGAUUUUUCUCCUCUGUCCCGAGGUCGUCGUCUGCUUUCUUUUUUGGGUUUCUUUCUAGAAGAUUGAGAAGUGCAUAUGACGGGCUGAGAGCACCUCCCCAAACACACAAGCUCUCAGCCACAGGCAGCUUCUCCACAGCCCCAACUUAGCACAGGCUCCUGGAGGGCUGCCUGGGGGAGGCAGACAUGGGAGUGCCAAGGUGGCCAGAUGGUUCCAGGACCACAAUGUCUUUAUUUUUAACUGUUUGCCACUGCUGCCCUCACCCCUGCCCGGCUCUGGAGUAAUGUCUGCCCCAGACAAGCAGGAGUGAAAUGGGGGUGGGGGGAAGCACUGAUUCCCAGUUAGGGGGUGCCUAACUGAGCAGUAGGGAUAGAAGGUGUGAACCUGGGAGUGCUUUUAUAAAUUAUUUUCCUUGUAGAUUUUAUUUUUAAUUUAUCUCUGUGACCUGCCAGGGAGAGGAGAGAGAGAGAGAUGCUGUUGAGCACAUGACAAAAUAAAAUAAAAUGGAUGAUUCA